GCUGCGAGUGCCACGUCCCAAAGUGCGAGGCGGAGGGGCGAGCGGGCGGCGCAGGGGCGGGGAGCAAGCGGAGCCCGGCUCGGCUACACCGAUCGCCCGGCGCCAUGGGCUCCUCGCAGAGCGUCGAGAUCCCAGGCGGGGGCACGGAAGGCUACCACGUCCUGCGGGUACAGGAAAAUUCUCCAGGACACAGAGCAGGACUGGAGCCUUUCUUUGAUUUUAUUGUUUCUAUUAAUGGUUCAAGAUUAAAUAAAGACAAUGACACUCUAAAGGAUCUACUGAAAGCGAAUGUGGAAAAGCCUGUAAAAAUGCUGAUCUACAGCAGCAAAACCCUGGAGCUGCGGGAGACCUCAGUCACGCCCAGUAGCAUGUGGGGUGGCCAGGGCUUGCUGGGAGUGAGCAUUCGUUUCUGCAGCUUUGACGGGGCCAACGAGAACGUUUGGCAUGUCCUGGAAGUCGAAUCAAAUUCUCCGGCAGCACUGGCAGGUCUUAGGCCUCACAGCGACUACAUCAUUGGAGCAGAUACAGUCAUGAAUGAGUCGGAAGAUUUGUUCAGCCUGAUUGAGACGCACGAAGCCAAGCCCCUGAAGCUUUACGUGUACAACACAGACACUGACAACUGUCGCGAAGUGAUUAUCACCCCGAAUUCUGCGUGGGGAGGAGAAGGCAGCCUAGGAUGUGGCAUUGGAUAUGGUUAUUUGCAUCGAAUACCUACGCGUCCAUUUGAAGAAGGAAAGAAAAUCUCCCUUCCAGGACAAAUGACCGGUACACCUAUUACUCCUCUUAAAGAUGGGUUUACGGAGGUCCAGCUGUCCUCAGUUCACCCCCCAUCUUUGUCACCACCUGGAACCACAGGAAUUGAACAGGGUCUGUCGGGACUUUCUGUUAGCUCAACUUCGCCGGCUGUCAAUAACGUGCUCAGUACAGGUGUACCAACAGUACCGUUAUUGCCACCACAAGUAAAUCAGUCCCUUACUUCUGUUCCACCGCUAAACCCAGCUACAACGUUACCAAGUCUGAUGUCUUUACCAGCCGGACUGCCCAACCUCCCUAACCUCCCCAAUCUGCCCAACCUCAACCUUCCCGCGCCGCACAUCCUGCCCGGCGUUGGCUUCCCCGAGCUCGCGAACUCCGGUUUGCCACCUCUUCCUUCCUUGACUCCCCACAAGCUGCCUGGCAUUGCACCUCUGCCCCUGCCAUCCGAGUUCCUCCCGUCCUUCCCUUUGGUUCCAGAGGGUCCUUCCACAGCCAGCUCUGGGGAGCUGCUGUCUUCCCUGCCACCCGUCGGUGACCCGCCUUCUGACCCCCUCACGACUACUGCCAAGGCAGACGCUGCCACCUCGCUCACUGCGGAUGUGACGCCCGCCCCUGGCCUGGCCCCCAGUACUGUGGAGGACAGAGGCAGCGACUCCGCCCCAGCCCGGGAGAAGCCGGUGCCCACAGUCACGGAGGCAGCUGCCCCCGAGUCACCUUAACUUGGAACCGAUCUUGGGCGUUGGCGUGGUGGAUUUGUCUAACCACGGGAGCGGGUCUGGAAAUGCAAACUGUCGUUAAUUUCAUACUAGUUUGUACCGUAACUAUAGGCGUCCUGUAAAUAAUUCUAAGGGGAAAAAUAUAAGCAAGAGGACGUGGGCUUGUGUCUUGCCAGUGUGGCGCGAGGCUCAUGGGCCGGGGAGGGAAAUGGGGAAGAGCUUGUAUUUUAAACAACCAAAAAGCAUUGGGAGCGAGGCCGGCUGCCAGGCUCCCACUGCCACCGCCGAGGUGUGCGUCUUUGGGGAAGGUGAUGGCUGGGUAUGUGCUAGGUUCCCUGUCCCCUCCUGUUCCUUCCCUGACAAAUGAAAUGUCCUCAAAUGCAGCAUUUCUUGUUCUUUGUAAAUUGUUGGAGAGAAUGCAGACCGCCUCACUAAACUGUAAAAGGAAACGGUAUCUUCCUUUUGGUCUCCAAGAGUCACAUCGCUACAAAGGUUUACACAAAACUUCCAAUUGAAGAUGUUUGUUAAAGUUAUGCAGUGUGCACUAUUAAUUGAACAUCUUUUUAUUCAGCCUCUACAGAUCCUUGUUUUGAGCUCUCAAAAUUACUCAGACAACAUUUUGUAACUGCUGCUGUUGCUUUAUACAUACACCAUAAAAUGGCAUUUAAAAGAGAAAUAAAGGGAGUGUCGCACGGUUUUAAAGCAGAAUGUGGCACUUUGUGGCUACGUAUAAUUUAGCUCUCCUGGGAAAGCAUCGAUACAGCAAUAAAUGACAGUCAUUUUCCGCUUCUUGACAUGUCAGUCACAGCUUGUCAUUGCCACACAUGCACUUGUUACUUUCCUGUUUGUCCCACCUCUGUUUUCAUGACUGAUGGUUGCUUUCUGAGUUUUCCAAGAGAUGAUUAAGUUAACUGGAACUGAUUUAUGGAAUGAAAUUAAAUGUAUACUCUUUCCUUGUUUUUGAAGUAAGACGAAAGAAGGUAGUGGGUUCUUGGCCUGGGCAGUGGUGGGCAGUGCCAGGGGACAGCCGGAGUAACACACCUCUGGCCACAUCGCUGGCCACCCUACCAGCAGUGACCUGGAGCUUCUCAGGGAAGGUCCAGCCUGGGCCGACUGGGGUGCUGCCUCUGUGUCUGGAGCCAAACUUGUCCUUAACUCUGAGUGGUAAAAGGUUUUAGUUCCUUAAUCAAAGCAUCACACCGAAGGUUUCCUUUCUAUGCAAUUUAAGAAUUGUUUUGAAAAGGACCAUAAUUACAGCAGGUAGACAAAUAGAUACGUAAGUUUCUAGAAGAGGGAAAAAGUUGAGAAAAUUACAAUAAAUGUUGUAGCCAGCAUUAUGGUAGAGUGGCUUAAGCAUCCACGUGCGGUGUCGGCAUCUCCGAUGGGUGCUGGUUCAGACUCUGGCUAUUCCUCUCUGGACCAGGUCUGCCAGUGUCCUGGUCCCAGUGCUGGGGCCAUCUCAGGGAUGAACCAGUGGACAAAUGGAAGAUCUUGCUCUCUUUUCUUCUGUUUGUAACUCUUUCAAAUAAUUUUAAGCUGAUCCCUUUAGUGGAAAGUACAUAAUAAACUUUUCACUUGGUA